AUGGGAAAUUAAAAAACGAAGCUUUAUUAGACGCAGCAGCUCUCAGAUUUCUUCUUCUUCUUUCUCCCAAACACCUCGAGAGGAACUCAUUUCUCUGACAGCCCAGCACCGCCGCGAUGACGUCAACCGAGACGGAAGACGCCGUACGACGUCGCACUGCCGUAACGGACUACCGCAAGAGACUACUCCAGCAUAAGGAGCUCGAAUCCCGUGUCCGCGCAGUGCGAGAAAACUUGCGAGGAGCUAAGAAGGAGUUUGGGAAAACUGAAGAUGACUUGAAGUCGCUUCAAAGUGUUGGUCAGAUUAUUGGGGAAGUGCUGAGACCUCUUGAUAAUGAACGCUUGAUAGUGAAGGCAAGUAGUGGCCCUCGGUAUGUGGUUGGCUGUCGCAGUAAAGUGGACAAGGAGAAACUAACAGCGGGUACUCGUGUUGUUUUGGACAUGACUACUCUGACUAUCAUGAGGGCUCUUCCGCGAGAGGUUGAUCCAGUAGUGUAUAAUAUGCUUCAUGAAGAUCCUGGUAAUGUUAGCUACUCUGCUGUGGGAGGGCUAGGAGAUCAGAUCCGAGAGCUUAGGGAAUCUAUAGAGCUGCCUCUAAUGAACCCUGAGCUCUUCCUUAGAGUGGGCAUCAAACCUCCUAAGGGUGUUCUUCUCUAUGGACCUCCGGGAACAGGGAAGACUUUGCUAGCCAGAGCAAUUGCAAGUAACAUAGAUGCUAACUUUCUGAAGGUUGUAUCAAGUGCCAUUAUUGAUAAGUAUAUUGGUGAGAGUGCAAGAUUGAUCAGGGAAAUGUUUGGUUAUGCUCGUGAUCACCAGCCCUGUAUCAUUUUUAUGGACGAGAUCGAUGCUAUUGGUGGACGGCGUUUUAGUGAAGGGACCAGUGCAGAUCGUGAAAUCCAGCGGACACUCAUGGAGUUGCUUAACCAAUUAGAUGGAUUUGAUCAACUUGGAAAGGUGAAAAUGAUCAUGGCAACAAAUAGACCUGAUGUUCUAGAUCCUGCUCUUCUUCGACCAGGGAGACUGGAUAGGAAAAUAGAGAUACCAUUGCCUAAUGAACAGUCAAGAAUGGAAAUUCUUAAAAUCCAUGCUGCUGGUAUAGCUAAACAUGGGGAAAUUGAUUACGAGGCAGUCGUGAAGCUUGCUGAGGGCUUUAAUGGAGCAGAUCUGCGGAAUGUCUGCACUGAAGCUGGGAUGUCCGCUAUCCGUGCUGAACGCGAUUACGUCAUUCAUGAAGAUUUUAUGAAGGCUGUAAGAAAAUUGAACGAAGCCAAGAAACUGGAAUCUAGUGCACACUACAAUGCUGAUUUUGGGAAGGAAUGAGGCAGACUUUGAAUCAAUCUAAAGAGUUGCUACGAGAAAUUUCAAGCAUCUGCUUUCAAUUGGACUUUAUCAUGAAAUGUGGAAUGUGGUACUGCAAUAUAGGUUCCAAAAAAAAUCUUUUACCGCUGUUCCGGUUCUCUUGGACAACAUUUACUUCUGAGAUCUUUAGAUUUUCAUAUUAUUAUUGUUGGGACAGUCUGUUUGCUUAGUUUACUGUACUUUUGAGACAUCUUCUGUAGUUAAUAUCAGUGGUGGCUCGCAAUGAAAGUGUUUCUCUUAUCUUUA